CGCCCCUCCCCCGCAGCUCGGCGCAGCCCUGGCCGGGCGCUAGCGGCAGGAGGAGGAGCUGCGGCUGUAGCCACGGGCUAGGUCGGCACCGCGGGAAGCUGCCGACGACUGCGCGGGCUGUUGCUGGUCCCCGCGUGAAAGAGGCGCGGGCAGCCCCGGAGUCAUGGAUCCCAGUGACGCGGCGCACCCCGGUCCAGGGAGGGCUGUUUGGACGCUGGCGCCGCGGCUGCUGCUGCUGCCACUGUUGCCAGUGCUGCUGGGUCGGGGGCUGCGGCUCGGGGCCGCGGCCUCCUCCUCUGGGGCGGCGGCUGAGGACAGCAGCGCCAUGGAGGAGCUCGCCACCGAGAAGGAGGCGGAGGAAAGCCACAGGCAGGACAGCGUGAGCCUGCUCACCUUCAUCCUGCUGCUCACCCUCACCAUCCUCACAAUCUGGCUCUUCAAGCACCGCCGGGUGCGCUUCCUGCACGAGACCGGGCUGGCCAUGAUCUAUGGACUCAUUGUUGGAGUGAUCCUGAGGUAUGGCACCCCUGCUACCAGCGGACAUGACAAGUCACUCAGCUGUACUCAGGAAGAUAGAGCCUUUAGCACCUUAUUAGUGAAUGUCAGUGGCAAGUUCUUUGAAUACACUUUGAAAGGAGAAAUCAGCCCUGGCAAGAUCAAUAAUGUGGAGCAGAAUGACAUGCUGCGGAAGGUAACAUUUGAUCCAGAGGUAUUUUUCAACAUUCUGCUGCCUCCAAUUAUUUUCCAUGCUGGAUACAGUUUAAAGAAGAGACACUUUUUCAGAAAUCUUGGAUCAAUUCUGGCCUACGCCUUCUUUGGGACAGCGGUUUCCUGCUUCAUUAUUGGAAAUCUUAUGUAUGGGGUGGUGAAACUCAUGAAGAUUGUGGGCCAGCUCUCUGAUAAAUUUUACUACACGGAUUGUCUCUUUUUUGGAGCAAUUAUCUCUGCCACUGACCCAGUGACUGUGUUGGCAAUCUUUAAUGAACUGCAUGCAGAUGUGGAUCUUUAUGCUCUUCUGUUUGGAGAGAGUGUCCUGAAUGAUGCUGUUGCCAUUGUACUGUCCUCGUCUAUUGUUGCCUAUCAGCCAGCAGGACUAAAUACCCACGCUUUUGAUGCUGCUGCCUUUUUUAAGUCAGUUGGCAUUUUUCUAGGUAUAUUUAGUGGCUCUUUUACGAUGGGAGCUGUAACUGGUGUUGUGACUGCUUUAGUGACCAAGUUUACUAAGCUGCACUGCUUCCCCCUGCUGGAGACAGCGCUCUUUUUCCUGAUGUCCUGGAGCACGUUUCUUUUGGCUGAAGCCUGUGGAUUUACAGGUGUUGUAGCUGUCCUUUUCUGUGGGAUUACACAGGCUCAUUAUACAUACAACAAUCUGUCAGUAGAAUCAAGAAGUCGAAGCAAGCAGCUUUUUGAGGUGUUACACUUUCUGGCGGAGAACUUCAUCUUCUCCUAUAUGGGCCUAGCACUGUUCACCUUCCAGAAGCAUGUUUUCAGCCCCAUUUUCAUCAUUGGUGCUUUUGUUGCCAUCUUCCUGGGCAGAGCUGCGCAUAUCUAUCCUCUCUCCUUCUUCCUCAACCUGGGCAGAAGGCACAAGAUUGGUUGGAAUUUUCAACACAUGAUGAUGUUUUCAGGCCUGAGGGGAGCAAUGGCAUUUGCACUUGCCAUCCGUGACACGACAUCCUAUGCCCGCCAGAUGAUGUUCACAACCACGCUGCUCAUUGUCUUCUUCACUGUAUGGGUCAUCGGUGGAGGCACCACGCCAAUGCUGUCAUGGCUCAAUAUAAGAGUUGGUGUUGACCCAGAUCAAGACCCGCCACCUAACAACGACAGCUUUCAAGUCUUACAAGGGGAUGGCCUGGAUUCUGCUGGAGGAAGCCGGACAAAGCAGGAGAGUGCAUGGAUAUUCAGGCUGUGGUAUGGGUUUGAUCACAAUUACUUGAAGCCCAUUCUCACCCACAGUGGUCCCCCGCUAAGCACCACUCUCCCAGCCUGGUGUGGCUUGCUAGCUCGAUGUCUGACCAGUCCCCAGGUGUAUGAUAAUCAAGAGCCGCUGAGAGAAGAUGACUCUGAUUUCAUCCUGACGGAGGGUGACCUCACUGUGACCUACGGAGACAGCACUGUGACAGCAAAUGGCUCUUCGAGCUCCUACACAGCCUCCACAAGUCUCGAGGGUGGUCGGAGAACAAAAAACAGCUCGGAGGAAGUGUUUGAACGAGACCUGGGAAUGGGAGAUCACAAGGUUUCCAGUCGGGGUACCCCCCUUGUGUUUCCACUACAGGAAAAUGCAUGACUUCACCCUAAGUCCUGAAGGAUCAGGGAGGCUCUCAUGAGGAUGAGGAUGGCCGAAUGCCCCAGUGUGUUUGAGGUGUGACAUUGACUGGGUUAAACUAAUGUUUCUAUUUCAUUGGGCCCUGAAACUAUCAUCACUUAAAACUUAACCCCAAACUCGGAUGCUGGAACUAAAACUUCUCUAAAUUAAGACAAAUGCAGACCUAAUCCCACUUUUUCACAUUGUAGUACACUGUUUCAGAGUUCAACAAAGUAAUAGCAUGCUUCAAUGGUUUCUCACUUCACUUCCUGCAGCAUCUGACAAUGGUGGGGCAGAUACGGGGCUGUAGUGCCAGUCUAGCUGGCCUUAAGGAACAUGAAGUUGGAAGGACAAGUUAGACAAAAAGACGGUGAAGAAAGGGAACUGAAAUCAGACUCAGUGGUGCUAGAUGCUGGUGUUCCACCAGACAGUAGAGCCCCUGGCUCUGAAGACUUACACAGCUGCAUCCUCCUGCCAGAGUCCUAGCUGUUCCGUCUGUGUUGCUCCUAGACUGAAGAUUAGGAAGCAUGUCCAUAGGCUGGGCAUUAGCUCAAUGACAGAAUGCUAGAGUGCUUGCCUACAAUGCACAAGACUCUGGGUUCCAUCCCCAGCACGCAAAAAGUGUGUGUGUGGUGGGGAGGUUCCAAGAGCAUUUCAGUAUGGGGAAAAGAAGUCUAGUUCCUUCUCUGGAAAUCUUUAUAAAAGAGUUACUGAAAUGUUUAAAACUAAAGGCAAAUCAUGUUCUGUUCUUUUUUAAUUAAUGUGAGGACAGGAGGUGUUGAGAACCUGUUGACGAUAGCACUGCAAUACUCACUUGACUUUGGAGGUUACUAUGUGAGCCCACUGCCUGGAUGCUCACUGCUAGACUGAGGUAUAUCUACCACAUGGUUUGAGAUAACAUGGAUACUGCUAUUGCAGGAAGAAAUGCAAGAGGCCACAGACUGUGGUUAGAGGAAAGAAAUUUCAUUGUGAAUAAUAACCUGCAAAGAAAAGAUAGAAAUCUUCAUUAUUAUUUUACAUCAAUUUCAUUUUGAAACAUCCAAAAAAGGUAAUUCCAAAAUCACACUCAACGGAAUAUAGAACUUGAUUUGUUAUAAAUUAUAUAAAUGUAUAUGUUCAAGUAAAGGCUGAGUUUCCAAAGCCACCUAUCUUUAGGACAAAAACUUCAAUAUUUUUAAUAAUCCCUUUCCCAUUGGUACUAUUUUCAACACCUAGAAGAUGAAAAUCAUUCUGAUGCUUUCUCCAGGAAUCAAAGCUGACUCAUCUCUUUGUAUGUGAGAGGAGCAUCCCCUUCUUGUAGUCUAGGUCUUAUUGCCAUGCUCCAUUCUGAUUUUUGAACCUUUUCUUCCAGACAGCCUGAUUUGGUUUACUUUCUUCAGGAAUUAUCUUUGGCAUACUUAGCUACGUUCAGAUAUAGAGGAUUAUGUCUGGCUCAAGUCUGAAGUAGAAGGUGAAGAGGGCGAGACUUUAGGCAGAUCCAUCAGGCAAACCGGAGAACUUCUGGACAGGCUAUAAGGCUUACUUUGCUGUGGCCAAUGACCGUGCCCCAGGAUUGUCCAAAUCAGACAAUCAAAGGUCAAAGGUAGUCCUAUUUUUAAAAUGUUGCUUUAAUCAACUGGCUCUUUCUUCAUGGGAUGCCUUUUCCUCCAAUCCCAGAUGAAAACUGCCUUCUGGAAAGCUUCUUCAUCUAAAAAUUAUUUUCCUGGUGGUGAAGUAGUACCAGCAUCACAUGCUGUAGUGAGUAACUGCUGGAAAUGCUGCUCUUUUCAUCAGUUCUUUACGUUGCUGAAUCUGUAACUCCAGCAUCUUGAGUUUUUGAAAGUUCAAUCUUGUCAUGAGGUUACAUCUUCAUCAUUCAGAUCUUCUCAGUGUGUCUUGUAUAACUCGGUUAUCAAGUUUUCAAUGUGAUUUCAAUAUUCUCUACUGCUUUCUUGUAUUAUUUUAAGCUGUUCUUGAGGUUUUACAGGGGAGGUCCCACAUGUUGGCCCUGGUCAGCUCUCCAGUGUGAUCUCCUCUGUCUGAGGUAACAGUUUCUGUAUCAUCUAUCAUGUUUUGUGUUUCCUUUGUGUGUGUGUGGGGGGGGGAGAAAUUCAGCAUUUUCCAUUAGAAUUUGUUCCUGAUGAUCAAUUUAUAAUCAUCCAAGCAGUUUCCUUUUUGUUCCUGGAUUCUGUUUUGCCCACUCACUGGGAGCCUAUAUGCACAAUUUAUAAUAGUUGUAGUUGGUUUUCCUGUUUAUAACACGUUGAUGGUUUCAUGCUCUUGUUCUUUUUGUGUUGUGGUUGUACUGAGUAGGUUAGCCUGCAACAUUAGUUUGAAAAUUCUAUACCUCAUCUUUCUCAUAUUUUAGGAGAUUCUUAUUCUUGCAUAAUAAGCCCCUCUCUCCUGAAGUCUAGACUUCUCUCCUGGGAGAUUCUAGUUGCUCCCUGAGUUGCUUAGCAGGCCUGCAGAGGCCUUUAGCACUUUCCAGUUUCAGAUUAUGUGUUUUCACAUUUUUCUAAGCUGCAAGGUUCUUCCUGUGAAGUACAAGCAGCUUACCCAGAGUUUAAAACAACCUAUACUUAAUUAUCUGUCUUUUUAUUCGUAGAUUUUUCAUAUAAUAAAUGAAACUAAAAGUAGUCAAUUCUUGAUCAACAUGUAGAAUAUUUUAGUCAAUAUUCUCUUCUGUGCAUACUUGGUAAGAAAGGCAUUUGCCAUUGAGAAUAUAUUUGAUUGAGAUAUCUUUAUUUCCGAGGUAUAUUGAGAGAUAUUUUUGCCUUCUGCCAUCAGACCUGGAACUAUUCCAUUCAUCCAGUUUCCAGAGUCAGGGUACCCAAGGAGCCCAUUACAGCAAUGAAAGUCUUAGAGCACCUGCUUGUCAUACAAACAUCUCCAUCAAGGCCCCAGAGCUGCAGAGUCAAUACCGUCUUCUUUAGCAGUCCUAUAGGCAGCACAGGCACCAAAGGAAACAGGAAAGAGCUGCCUGCUCUUACUGCACUGUUGACUCCUGCUCUACUCAGUGAGGCCAGUUGUGCUCCAUAGAAAGAAAUCUUAAGACUUAGAACUUCCAACAUUGAGCUGAUGCAUGCUGCAAUAUUAGUGGCUACAUGAGGAAUCAGAAGAACAGCAAUGGAACAUAAUCCAGUAGAAAAUGCUGUCUUCUAUAAGUUUAGGAAUUCAUGUGUCUCUUGAGUACUAUGCAAAGAGAUAUCAUUUUGUUUUUGGUGGAGAGGCUACUGCACCAGCUUAAUAUGGACAUGCUUUGAAAUAUGGCAGUUCAGUUUCACUUUUUUUCUGGAUGAGCUAUCCUAAUUUACCUACUCUUAAAGUGGGGAAACUACUGAGAGAAAUCUUAGAGUUUCUUUCCAUGUCUUACAGUGCUAGCAGGUUUGGUAACUCCAAUUUUAAAAGAUGUUUUUAUAAUGUGGUGGUUUUUCUCCUCACUCCAUACAAAUUAGUGCCCACAAGCACUAGGCCAUCAACCUUAUUAAUCUUAUUAACAUCCCAGUCUUAGCAUAAUCCUGCUGUGUUCCUCUUAAAGGCUCUUAUAAUCUUCAUUAUUUUGAAAAGUAGCCCUGAUCUUUGCUUGCAAAAUGUGGAGAAUAACCCUGACUUCCCAACAGUUCUCAAAGAUGAAGCUACCUGGGUUGAAGAGAUGGCUCAGUGGUUAAAAGCACCGAUUGCUCUUUCAAAGGUCCUGAGUUCAAUUCCCAGCAACCACAUGAUGGCUCCAAACCAUCUGCAAUGACAUUUAGUGCCCUCUUUUGGCCUGCAAGCAUACAUGUAGGCAAAGGACUGUAUACAUAAUAAAUAAAUAAAAUCUUAAAAGAAAAGAUGAAGCUACCUAUAGAAGUUUUACAUUGAAGUGUUGUCCCCAGGCUGAAUGGAAAAAAGUAGGGGUGCCACAAAGCCCUGAAACUGCCUGCUUCAAAGGCAGCUAUCUGGAAACGAGACUGGAAUUAUCUCAGAAAGUAAUCCAAGUCAUCUUCCAAACCUGUUCAUUCUGAGUUGAGGGAGAUGACAGCUCUGAGGACUGGAAUAUUCUAGAUCAGGCAUUCUGAACUCAGACUGCUGUUACCUUUGUCUGAUCUUGAAUUUAAAAAAAUGCAGGGCCACGGGUUUGGAUUAGCUGUAGAGCACUUCCUAGUAUGCCGAGGCCCUGGGUGCUAUUCCCAGGUACGAAAAUAAAAAGACGGUAUUAUGCCUUUAACAGGCCAAGAUUUGGAUUCUGCAGCUUCAGGGUGGGGUCUGGCAUGUGUGGUUUGUUUUGAAAGUUCUAGGAUGCCUCCUGUAUAGAAGGUUGAGCCUUUUGCCUGUUUGCAAGGAACCCUUUAAAAGCUUAGUUAAAGGAAUGUUUGUUUAGUAAUUGUUAGUGACAAAACCGAAAGUGAUUGCUAAUACUGACUAGGCCUCUGGAGAACGGUCCUGCUCAUUUGGCAGAAUUCAGGGUUGUCUUCCACAUGAAAACAAGGACUUGAAGGAGAGCUGAGAGUGACUUGAGUAUGUGUGUAGAAGAAUUUCACACUUGUCACUUUAUUAGCACUUGUGAUUGGGCAAGGGAGUUUUUUGUCUUUGAUCUGCUGAGUAGUUCAAAACAAAAGGAUUCUGGGAAGCUGUCCUUUCAAUUCAGUAUGAAAUCAAUAGUUCCUUUUUGUGGUCAAACUUUGUCUUGUUGGUCCACAUGCCUUAUGCACAGAAUACGGGUCGGCCCAUUUACUGCCAGCAGCAUGGGCAAAGGCUGUGGUUACUCUUUUGUCACAUGUCAGCAGUGGCACAGCUCCGAUAGAAGAGUUUUCAUAAUGCUCCCGUGGGAAUGACCUGGAAAGCCUAAGCCUUCCUAGAGAAGGAAUUUUGGAACUUAAAAGCAUGUGUGUUUCUUCCUACCAACCCUGUAGAAAGGGCAUACCAACUCUGUCAUCCAGGGUACUUAGAAUGACCAUGAUGCCCUGGAGCCAAACAAAUCAUGUUAUGAUAUCAAACGUCUCAUCAAGCAAACAGCAAGGUGCACUCUGGGUUGGAUCCUCUAGACCUCUAACCUUGUGCUCUAACCUUGUGGUUCCAUAGAAAAAUAAGAUCUCUUUUGAUUUAAAGGGAAAAAAAGGUUAUCUCAUCUGUAUGGAAGCAGUUUCAUCUAGAGCAAAGACCAGUCCCUUCCAAAACAAAGAUCUGCUUCCCAUUGCCCUCCACCAUCUCUCCCUUGCCUUGUCUCCAGUACAAGUGAAUGUGAUCGUGUCAGAUAGUUAAUGUGAACCAUUGGUUCCCUGGUACAGAAACAGCACUGAGAUCAGAGAACAAUUGAGCAUCAUCAGAGGUGCAGAGCAUCCUUCUGUAACCUGCCUUGUUCCCUCCACAAGUUCGAAGAAAACUCAAAGUAGCCCAGAGAUGACAUCACCAUUCAUCUAAAAUGUCAUCUGCAGAGAGGGCUGCUGGGGUGGCAGCUUGCUGAGCCGAUCCUUACAGCGGAGAAACUUGGGUGCUUGAGAGCCUCACUCCUGCAUUUGGAUGUUGACUCUUAAGAUAGGGCAGGCCCUCUCCUGUGUGUUGACUUUGAGCUCUUCAGUUGUUUUUUUAAAGUGACUUUGCUUUGCCAGCAUCAGCUGCUGUGUUCUAAGGCAGUAAGUUGAAUGAAACUCGUGGCCAAGAGUUUACUUUAGAAGCAACAUAUCUGACAGCUAAAAUGACUUCACCCCCUUUUGAAAACCUAGUUUAGCCGGGCGGUGGUGGCGCACGCCUGUAAUCCCAGCACUCGGGAGGCAGAGGCAGGCGGAUCUCUGUGAGUUCGAGGCCAGCCUGGUCUACCAAGGGAGUUCCAGGACAGGCUCCAAAGCUACAGAGAAACCCUGUCUCGAAAAACAAAACAAACAAAAAAAAAAAAGGAAAACCUAGUUUGACAGUCCAUAGAAAAGUAUCAUAGGAAUGAAUGUGCUUGCAUCAAACAAAAAAGCAUUCUCUGACGAUUCUCUCAAAAUAGGACCAAAAAACCAACUUUAUCCUCCUUUCAGUUUUCAUACCCAUUUGUCAGAUUAGCAGAUAUCUCUUAUUACUAACUGCUGACAAAUUAUAAAGAGCAAAACUAAAGUUUUGAAUGUUCAUUUUCUAUUCCUAAGCAGGGCAUGCUAUAGCUGUGGCCCAUUUGAAACACGUGGGCAGCAAGCCUUGGGGAACAUUAAAAGGAGGGUCUAUCUGUUGUGCUGCUUUUUGAGAAGGCCUAAAAUAGGUAUGAGAAGACACAUCAUCAUUAAAAGGGCACAAGAGAAUCUCUAAAUGUCCCGGUCUACCUUCAACUCUUGGCCAGUGGGACAUGUUUCUGACUAUGCAUGCUGUAUAUGCUGAAGAAACGGAGCCGGCAAAAGAAGUGACUAGCAUGAGGCACCGAGGGGUUUCCACUGAAAGCACUUUCAGAAAGGGCCAUCCUGGCCUUCGUGGAUAGGUCCAUGCAAGGGCAGAUGGGGGCUCAUUAUGAUCAUUCUACUUGCAGGCCAUGGAAGAACAGAGGAUCGAUGCUUUUCCGUUUUGUGGGUAUUCAAUCUGUGGAUAUAGAAGUUAGUGCUGGAAGCGCUUUAUUUAAAAUAUAACUUCACAGUAGGGCCAUUUUCUUCUAGCCUUUCUUUUCUUUUUUCUUUUCUAACCUAAAUCCACCUGGUCCUUCUUUUUUGGCAUGUUUUCCUAUGCCCACUCUGAUAAUGAAAUGAGAAGAGCACAAAGAUUCAGUUUCUGGAAAGCAAUUUUGAAAGCAGGAUAGGGAUUCAACUCGCAAUGAUGGACUUUCUGGUGAACUUUUUCUAGAGGGCUGACAGUGUAUUUGGGGGAAUUUUAUAGAAAAUGACAUCAAAGUGUUUUAGCUGUGAACAUUACAGACUAGGAAUUAUCUGCUACAUUUCUGUGCAAUCAGGAAAACUGCAGUAGGAACCCUAAAGUGCUCUCUCCUCCUCACCUUUCACUUAAUGCUCACCUUUGGAUAGCUGUUUAGAUCGCUAUUUAUUGUAAAUUUAUUGUAAACCUAGCCUUGUGCUUUCCUGCCCUUUACUAAUAUUUAACAUGUUGUUUUUCUCUAAGCUUUUUUUUUUAUUUUUACAAAAUUGAAAAUAAAAAGAUGCGCUGGUCGAGCUA